AUAUCCAGGUAUCCUCUUCCCGUCGAGCAAUUUGCCGUGUUAAACCCUAUAAACCCCUCGCGGAGCCGUCCGUCAUUUGACUCAUUUCCGUUGCUUCCGAGGGGCCAUGUCUUCUUCCAUUCUCAUCUCUUCUUCUCCCCAUCGAUCCCUUCUUUUCUCUCCACUCCUCAACCCUAAUCCUCUCUCCACUAUUUCUUCUCACAAUCACCUUGUACGCCUCUCUCACAUCAAUUUCACCCCUCUCAGAACCUGGACACACACCCGCUUAAACUCGCUCUCUACUCGGCGCCGUUUUCGAAUCUCCAUCGUCCGUAGCUCGGCCGCCGGUUCGGACCAACCCAGUACUUCGGUAGGUACCGACGUGUUCGGAGGCGCGAAGGAGCUCUCCGGGUUCCAGUUGCUUGUAAACGGCUUGUCACCGCCCCUCAGGUUAGCGACCUCGGUCCUUGUAUUUGCUGGCGCUGUCGCCGCUGGAUAUGGAUUGGGGUUUCGUCUCGGCGAGACUCGGAAUGCGGCGGUGGCCGGUGCCGUCGUGCUCGGUGCCGCCGGCGGUGGUGUUGCUUAUGCAUUGAAUUCUUGCGCCCCAGAGGUUGCUGCUGUGAAUUUGCAUAAUUACGUGGCGAGUUGCGAUGACCCAAAUUUGUUGAAGAAGGAAGAUGUCGAAGGAAUUGCCAAAAAGUAUGGUGUGAAUAAACAAGAUGAGGCAUUCAAUGCAGAGCUUUGUGAUUUAUAUAGCCGAUUUGUAUCUUCUGUCCUUCCUCCUGGAAAUGAAGAUCUUAAAGGCAAUGAAGUUGAAACUAUUAUAAAAUUCAAGAAUGCUAUUGGCAUUGAUGAUCCUGAUGCGGCUUCUAUGCACAUGGAGAUUGGCCGGAGAAUUUUCAGGCAGAGGCUUGAAACUGGAAACCGAGAUGCUGACGCCGAGCAACGUCGGGCAUUUCAGAAGCUGAUUUAUGUUUCAAAUCUUGUUUUUGGGAAGGCAUCAACUUUUCUUUUACCUUGGAAACGCCUUUUCAAGGUUACUGAUGCCCAGAUUGAGGUUGCUAUCCGUGACAAUGCUCGGCGGUUGUACACCCAUAGGUUAAAGUCAAUUGGCAGAGAUGUUGAUGUUGAACAGCUUGUUGGCUUGAGAGAGGCACAACUUUUGUAUCGACUUUCGGAUGAGCUUGCUGAAGACAUGUUUAGGGAGCAUACAAGAAAAUUGGUUGAGAAUAAUAUCGCAACAGCUCUCAGCAUACUGAAGUCUAGGACAAGAACAGUCAGGGGAGCCACGCAAGCUGUGGAAGAGCUUGAUAAGAUACUGGUGUUCAAUAAUAUGCUUAUCUCCUUGAGGAACCAUCCAGAUGCUAAUAGGUUUGCCCGUGGUCUCGGUCCAGUUUCUUUGCUUGGUGGUGAAUAUGAUGGUGACAGAAAGAUGGAUGACUUGAAGCUUCUUUAUAGAGCAUACAUUACAGAUGCUUUAUCAAGUAGUCGUAUGGAAGAAAGUAAACUUGCUGCGUUGAACCAAUUGAGGAAUAUAUUUGGUUUAGGUAAAAGAGAGGCAGAAGCCAUUAUGAUGGAUGUAACAUCUAAGGUAUAUCGUAGGCGGCUCGCACAGUCGUUUUCUGGAGGUGAUCUGGAAGCUGCUGAUAGCAAAGCAGCUUUCCUUCAAAAUCUCUGUGAUGAGUUGCACUUUGAUCCACAGAAAGCCAGUGAGAUCCAUGAAGAAAUUUACCGGCAAAAACUUCAGCAAUCUGUAACUGAUGGAGAGUUGAGUGAGGAAGAUGUUGCUGCUUUGCUGCGGUUACGGAUCAUGCUUUGUAUUCCUCAGCAAACCGUUGAAGCAGCACAUGCAGAUAUCUGUGGCAGCUUGUUUGAAAAGGUUGUGAAGGAUGCAAUUGCUUCUGGCGUUGAUGGAUAUGAUGCUGAUGUAAAGAAAUCUGUAAGAAAGGCUGCACAUGGUCUACGGUUGACAAGGGAGGCUGCCAUGUCUAUUGCUAGUAAGGCGGUUAGGAAUAUUUUCAUGAACUAUAUAAAAAGAUCACGUGCAGUUGGAGGCCGUACUGAGGCUGCCAAAGAACUGAAGAAGAUGAUAGCAUUCAACACGUUGGUAGUGACUGAAUUAGUAGCAGAUAUAAAAGGGGAAUCGUCUGAUACAUCAUCAAAAGUGCUUACAGAGGAGGAAAAACAAAUUGAGGACAAUGAUGAAUGGGAAUCCCUUCAAACACUUCGAAAAAUAAAACCAGGCAAGGAACUUGCUGCAAAGUUGGGAAAGCCAGGCCAGACAGAGAUAACUCUCAAAGAUGAUCUGUCAGAGAGAGAUAGGACAGACCUUUACAAGACAUACCUGUUGUUUUGUCUAACUGGAGAAGUAACCAAAAUGCCACUGGGUACAAGAAUUCCCACAAAGAAGGAUGAUUCUGAGUUUGUUUUGCUAACUCAGCUUGGAGGAAUCCUAGGUCUGACCAGUAAGGAGAUUGUGGAAGUCCACAGGGGCUUGGCAGAGCAAGCUUUCAGGCAACAAGCCGAGGUGAUUUUGGCUGAUGGACAGUUGACAAAAGCCAGGAUUGAGCAGCUCAAUGAGGUACAGAAGCAAGUUGGCUUGCCUCAGGAGUAUGCAAAAAAGGUAAUAAAGAGCAUAACAACCACAAAAAUGGCAGCCGCAAUUGAAACUGCUGUUAGUCAAGGCAAGCUUAAUGUGAAUCAGAUAAGAGAACUUAAAGAAGCAGGCGUCGAUUUGGACAGCAUGAUAUCUGAGAGGUUACGAGAAAACCUCUUCAAGAAGACUGUGAAUGACAUUUUCUCUUCAGGAACUGGAGAGUUUGAUGAAGAAGAAGUUUACCAGAAAAUCCCGACUGAUCUCCACAUUGAUGCUGAGAAGGCUAAAGGGGUUGUUCAUGAGCUUGCACGAAUUAGGUUGUCAAACUCACUGGUUCAGGCAGUGGCAGAGCUUAGGCGGAAGAACCGUUCAGGAGUGGUUUCUUCUCUCAAUGACUUGCUAUCAUGUGACAAGGCUGUGCCUUCGGAGUCAUUAUCAUGGGAGGUGCCAGAGGAGCUCUCUGAUCUUUUCGCCAUUUACCUAAGGAGUGAUCCUGCACCGGAAAAACUGUCUCGCUUGCAGUAUCUUCUGGGCAUAAGUGAUACAAUGGUAGCUACUCUUCAAGAGAUGGGAGAUAGUGCAUUGCCAGUUGGAGCCGAGGAGGAGAAGUUUGUAUUUUGAUGAUCCAGUGUUAGGCACAUUGAUUCUGUGGUCUAAUAUCGAGGUAACCUGAUGAUCAAAUUUUAGAUUCAGUCACUUAUCAUGGCAUGAUAAAAAUUAUAAAAUGUCGAUUUUGCAACAAUACACUGCUUUCAAUGAACAGAAAAUCCAAAGCCCAAAGGUUCGCGGUUCUGUCAAGUAGUCUAAACUUUGUACUAUUGAGAUUGCCUUGUCAUGGCUUUUGUACUAUUGUGAUUGCCAUUGUCGUAAAUAUUAUCCGAGGAAAAUAGCAUUACUCUUUAGUUGGCAAUAAGAGGAAGAGUUGAAACUGUAA